AUGGCGGAGGAAAAUGAGAAAACGAAUACUGGAGUGGUGAAGCGAUUCAACAAGCAAAAUGGGUUCGGUUUUAUAACUCCAGACGACGGAAGCCAGGACCUGUUCUUUCAUACCACCUCGAUUCUAAACAACAGAUUCCGUACACUCGUUGUAGGAAUGAUCGUGGAGUUUUCAAUCUAUUUUGGCUACGACAGUCGUACUCAGGCUGUGGAUAUCAGAGUCCGCAAUGUAUCUCCUUUUCAGGAUAAUAUCCGUGGCGUCCGCGACGGCGGAUGUGGCCGUGUAGGCGAUGGUUAUAGGUACAAUUCCAGCAGAAAACAGGGGCGUCAAAACAGCAAAUUUGGAAUUGGAGGGAAAUGGUUUGGAUGGGGAAAGAAAACUUGUUUUCACUGUGGCGAGGCAGGUCAUAAGGCAAAGGAUUGUAAUCAAAGUGGCGGUGGUGACGGUGAUAAUGGCAGAGGUGGACAUGGGUGCUACAAAUGUGGGGAGAAUGGACAUUUUGCAAGGAAAUGCCCUAAAGUUCGUCAUUGA